UCCAUGUUCUCUGCGAGACUAAAAGCACAAGCUGAGCAACUGGCUCUAGGUUUCACUCAUAAGUUUCACUUUUCAUUCGCUGGAAUUGGAAAGUCCAGACAGACGAAGUGCUUUCAGUGCUCACCAGUGAAAACCUUAACGCUGAAAGGUUAUUAUCUAGUGUUUCUUCACCAUGGAGAUGAUUGUACUACAAAAAGAGGAGGCCCAAAUUGUAGCACAAUGUGGACAAGCCUUCAACACAGCUGUGUACAGCAAAUUUGGUUGCAGUGCUAUAUUACAUGGAAUGGACAUCAGCACUGCUAAUAAGUCGAAUGUCACUCCAGUGGAGAGGUACUCCAUUCGUCUUCGCAGAGGCCUUAGGGUAGCGGUGUGGAAAAAUGACCUCACAAUCCAUGAAGUGGAUGCUGUGGUGAAUGCUGCCAAUGAAGAUCUCCAGCAUUAUGGAGGUCUUGCUGCCGCCCUUGUCCAAGCUGGUGGUCAAGUUAUUCAGCAAGAGAGUGACAAGAUUACAAAAUAUAACUAUAAGGUGUCGACAGGAGAAGCUGUAGUCACAUCCGCUGGACGUCUACCAUGCAAAAGGAUCAUCCAUGCUGUAGGUCCACGAGUGCGCCUAUAUGCUGCUGCCUGGGAAAUUGAGGAUGCUUCCAAAUUGUUGGAAAAAGCUAUUGACAGCAUCCUUAGAAAAGCGGAGGGAGAAAAUCUGAAGUCAGUUGCUAUUCCAGCUCUUAGUUCUGGCAUUUUUAAUUUUCCUUUGAAACGCUGUGCUGAUAUCAUUGUGAAAAAACUGAAAAAAUAUGACGAAUAUGGCAUUGGAAGAAAUCCGAUACCAGAAGUCCAUUUGGUAAACCAUGAUGAUCUUACUGUGUCUGAAAUGGUGAGAGCCUGUAAUGAGAUCCUUGGCACUCCUACUCACCCUGCUCCUACUCCCAAAACCUACUCUGGGGCAGUUAGGGCAUCAGGGAGUUCACAUCUUUCUCCUGUGAAACUGAGCAAAGUGACACUGCACAUCGAGAAAGGACACAUUGAAAAGCAAGAGACAUCUGUCACUGUGAAUACCACCGAUCAAAAAUUGGAUUUGUCAAAUGGUGCAGUGACCAAUGCCAUCUUAAUGAAAGCUGGCAAAAAACUUCAGGAGGAAGUUUCAACACACCGUGGGAAAUGCAAUUUGGGUGAUGUACUGAAAACUAGAGGAUACGGCCUGUCUUCCAAGUUUGUGUAUCAUGUACUUUGUGCAUACAAAAAACCAGGGACCAAGGCAGAACAGAUGCUUGGUGAUGUUGUCUCAAAGUGCUUGCACAUGGCAGUGAAAGACAACUGUUUUUCAAUUGCCUUUCCUGCCAUUGGAACUGGAAUGUUGGGGUUCAGUAAAAGUGAGGUGGCCCAUAUCAUGACAAAAGCAGUUCAAGUUUUUUCCAGUUCAUACAGGGGAAACUGCAUGGAUGUACACUUUGUGAUAUACCCUUCAGAUGAGGACACAUUCCAGGCGUUUGCAAACCAACAUGCAUCUCUGCAGCAAUCAAGUCUUUAUGCCGGCACUUACACAGGCUCCAAUGAAUCUUCAACAUAUAAGGAAGAGGACAACACACCCACUCCUUGUAUUGAGCUCCGGGCUAGUUUUCCUGAGGCGCAGCGUGCUGCCAAGAGAUGGAUAAAUGACAUUUUGAACAUAGCGAACAGAGCCUCUACUGACUACAGCAUCAGAAAUAAUCAUGUCCUACAUUUUGGCCUGCAAGAACAUGAGGAGCUGCUGUCCCUUCAAACCAAAUUCAAGGUGGGGUUCCAGGUGUUCUUCACCGAUGGCCAGGCUGGCAUCAAAAUCAAAGGGUCCCCUUCAGAUGUGGCAUCUGCAGUGCUUGAGGUGGAGGCCAUGUGUUGUCAGGUACAGGAGACUUAUGCGCAAGCUGAGGAAGCUGCGAUGCUGUAUUCCCUUGUGCGCUGGAGAUGCAAGUAUUGCCCCCAGCUGGAAAACCCAGAAACCAAUGCUGUCCUGGAAACGGCCUAUCUUGCAGGCAGUGGGAGUAAAGUAAUUGAUUCUGACAUCAGGGUCGACUUCACAUUGAAGGAGGUGCAGACCAAGCAGCCAGAGGAGAGAUACAAAAUUGAAAGAAUUUGUUUUUUCAAGCACUACUCACCUGGACCACGAUCAUCUACAAAAUCAUACUUUGAGCGAAAGCUUCAGGACUAUAGUAGAGAUCAGUGGAAGUUUCAGGAGGCUGGACUUCGCGUUGUUCGGGAGGAAAGAGUUGAGAACCAGGCCCUGAAGCAGCUCUUUGAGUUGAACAAAAAACGCAUCUCGGGUGGACCGAGCGUCCAUUACCAGCGUGUGCCAGCACAAUUUUGCCAGCUGGUCAGCUGGGUGGGCUUUCAGAGAGAGUAUGCCCCACCCGACGAUCAAGCAUUUGGGGAGGGGAUCUACUUCAGUGGCAGUGUCAAAUCAGCCAUGAGUUUGUGGAAAGGAAUGGAGGAAGAGGAGUUUGUGUACAUAAUUGAGGCUGAAGUUCUUACUGGCAAGGAAACCGCAGGAUCACCAGGUUUAAUCGUUCCACCAGCAACCAGGGACCACCUGAUCCAUUAUGACAGUGUAAAAGGAGGCACAGAUACGUUCGUGAUCUUUAAUGGCCUACAGGCCCUGCCACUGUCCAUUUACACUUGCAGCAGAAAAAAAUGAAGACAAGAAUGAUGGCCCAGAGUAUGAGAUAACAUCUCAUGGUGAGGUCUCUGGUAUUAUUUUAACCACAUGAUGAAUGCUGGGCAUUAUAUAUUAAUGAAGAUGAAUGCCUGAAUUACAUUAGUUCCUUUUCUAUUUACAUUACAAAGACUUACAAUAUGGGGCUGUAUACAUUUGAAGGGAUUGCUUUUCUUCUCAUAUACCACUGUGACUAUUUUCUUUUCCCUUGUCAUAGUCUGGUGUUCCUGGGAUGUGUAUCCGUGCAGGUGUUAUCUAUUUUAUACUGCACAUUUUGUUAAGCAGUAGAAUGCCAAGCUGCUGAAAAUAGUGACUUUACUCAGAAGAGCUGUUUGUUUGCAAAGGGUUAUGGGAAGUAUUCUUGUAGCAACAAGGGUGUCAAUUUCUGUUGAUGUGUCGUUCUGAAUUCAGUACACUAAUCCUGUAAUAAAGCUAAUCAUUAAUAUUG